AUGAACACCGAAUCCGGGGUCGCUGACCGAAACAACAGCGAGAGUCCAGAUGUCAAAACCAACGACAGUAAUAACGUUGGUAGUAGCGCCAACGGCAACGCCAACACCGCUAACGGCAAAUCAAGCAAACCCGCCAAGCAUGUGACCAAGCUCUCCACGUCGUCGCCCGAGGCUAUCAAGGUGGCCGCUGAAAUCACCCCCACGAGACUUGCCAAUUUGUUGAUAAAAAAAGGCCCGUUGCCCAUUCGGCUCAUCACGGCGCAGUUGGCCGUGGAAGUCCCUGGAUUUGAUCUUUUGUCGCUUUCGAAACAGCGGCGCCUCAUUAUGGCAGCCAUGGAGGCGGGCGACACCGAAAACAACGUUGUGUUUGAAAAAAUCGGCUGGGGCCAGUGGGCGGUGCGCAGGAAAGACAGCGAUUACAUCGUCACUGAGGGAAGCGUCGAUGGUAGCGACAAGACACGGGUGUCUGUGCACGAGCUCAAGGAGAAGGCCAAGUUGGGGUGGCUGAAGAAGGGUGCUUCUGGGAGCAGCAGUAGAGGCGGUGGCGGCGGUGGCCGGAGAGACUCCAUCUCCAACGGGAAACAUAAUCUCCAUAACGUCCAGGUUCCAGGAGAACAUCUAGACAGGGCAGUGGAGAGCGACGAGGACGACGAGGACGAGGAAGACAUGGACAGCUUGUCGUCAGAUGAGGAUGAGCUCCACAAGCUUCGGAUGGCUCGUUUGGGCCAUGUGGAGGUCGAUGACAAUGCCAUUGCCGAGGAUUCUGAUGAGGACGACGACGAAGACGAUAUGGACACUACCGAAGAUGGAGUGUUUAUGUUUGACCAGGAUGCUCCUGGCGCUGGUGCUGGUGCUGGUGCUGGGGUUGGGGUUGGAGCCGGUGGUGGUGUUCGUCGCUGGAAAAAGAAGCUGCCUCCAAUAUCCUUCGCCAAAAGAGUGCCUCUCAAGGUGCUGCCUCCUCCACACGUCGGCUCCAACCGCCGGAAGCUGUCUCUGUCCGCGGGAGGCGCCAACUCGGUGCAAAAGACUCCCUACACCGGCUACACCACCCGCCAUCAGUUGUUCAGCAGGCUGCGACUCAAUUCGAUCGAGAACUUGGACAAUUACAUAGUCUCUUCCGGCAGAGGGCUGGCGGUGCUGGUGUCGUCGCCCCCACCAGCUCCCUCGGCCUCUGUGCUAUCUGUGUCGCCCAUUGGCUCGUGGCUGGCCUCCAACGGCCACCUCCACCCAGGCACGUUCAACGUGUCGCCAGACAAUCUUGCAAGCACCAUUGGCGGGCGCCGAAAACUGAGCUUCAACGAGCUGAGCGUUCGCUCGACUUUGCUGCUGUCGCUACCGCAGAAUGGAAAGCACCCGCUAAAGCAAGAGGCCUCAGACACCGACGAGGAGGACUGGGCCACCAUCGGCGCUGAGUCGCUCCGCAAACAUAGCCAGGGUUCUCUGAGCCCGGGCAAAAAUGACGAAUUGUGCAGCGACGAAAAAAGGGCCGCCCGGGCUUUGGUCGACCUCAUGUCUAUAUGA